AUGCUCUUCGCCGCGUUCAGGCUCCUGCUCGCCGUCUUCGCCGUCCUCCACGCCCCGAGCCCCGUCGCCGCCUCUGCCCUCACCACCUCCAUCUCCCCCAACGAGCGCCUCUGCUUCUACGCCGACGUAGACAAGGCCGGCGAGAAGAUCGGUUUCUACUUUGCCGUACAGGCAGGCGGUUCCUUCGACAUCGACUUUGAUGUCAAGGACCCCAACGAGGUCGUCAUCCUCGACGCCACUCGCGAGCGGCAGGGCGACUACGUUCUCACCGCCAACACCGUCGGCGAGUAUGCCUUCUGCUUCGAGAACGACAUGUCCACCCUCACAGACAAGCUCAUCGACUUUGAUAUCAUGGUCGAGAGCGAGCCCCGUCGUGAACCGCCCGCAAAACCCGGCCAGAUAUCGGAACACACCAGCGCGCUCGAGGAGAGCAUAUUCCGCCUCAACGGCAUGCUCAUGAGCGUGAAGCGCUCCCAGAAAUACUUCCACACGCGCGAAAACAGAGGUUUUGACAUCGUGAGAUCCACACAGAAUCGAUUAUUCUGGUACGCCGUAUUUGAAUGCCUCGGCAUCAUUGGCAUAGCAGUAGUGCAAGUCUAUGUUCUCCAGACGUUCUUCACAAAAACGGGCCGCAAGUACAAAGUAUGA